AUGGCCGCCAUGACGGCCGCGCCGCCGUCCCACAUCGACAGCGACGAUCUCCUGGACAACUCCGGGGACGCCGCCAGCGCCUUCUUCGAGGGGGCCGGGCUCCACGGGCAGGAGACGCCGGGGAACCCCCUGAGCGCCGAGCCCAGCCAGCCGGCGGCCAGCGUGGACCUGGACUUCCUGGAGGAUGACAUCCUGGGCUCGCCGGCGGGCGCGGGCGCGGGCGCCGAGCAGCCGUGCGACAUCCUCCAGCAGAGCCUGCAGGAGGCCAACAUCACCGAGCAGACGCUGGAGGCCGAGGCCGAGCUGGACCUGGGCUCCUUCCAGCUGCCGGCGCUGCAGCCGGUGGUGCAGGCGGCCGACGGUGCGCCGCAGAUCUUCUCGGGCGGCGCCGCCGACCUGCUGGGGCUGCAGCCGCCGGCCGUGCUGGCGCCGCAGGCGUUGGUGCAGCCGCCCGACGUGGUCAACAAGGCCAUCAGCGUGCAGCCCUUCCUGCAGCAGGUGGGGCUGGGCAACGUCACCAUCCAGCCGCUGCCCAACCUGCCCGGCCUGCCCAACGGCAGCCCCGGCGGCGCGCUGGGGCUGGGCCCCAUCCAGGUGGUGGGCCAGCAGGUGAUGGCCAUCAACCAGCCGGCCGCGCCGCAGCUGCUGGCCAAGCCGGCGCCGGUGGCGGCCGUGGGCGGCUACAUCGCCCAGCCGGAGGCGGCGGCGGCGCCGGGGGCGGGCCUGGUGAUCCAGAAGAGCCUCCCGGCCGUGGCCACCACCACGCUGAACGGCAGCUCGGUGUUCGGCGGCGUGUCGGCGGCGUCGGCGCAGCCGCUCACCGUCACCUCGGGGCUGGGCGGCUCCUUGGUGCCGGCGCCCAACGUCAUCAUCCACCGCACGCCCACGCCCAUCCAGCCCAAGCCGGCCGGCGUGCUGCAGCAGAAGCUCUACCAGAUCACGCCGAAACCCUUCGCCGGCGCCGCCGCCGCGCUGGCGCUGCCCGGCGAGGCGCCGGCCAAGGCGCAGCAGAACCUGACCUUCAUGGCCGGCAAAGCCGCGCCCAACGUGGUGCUGCAGGGCUUCCCCCCCGGCGUCUUCAAGCCGCCGCCGCCGCAGCCGCCGGCGCUGGGCAAGUCCAUGAGCGUGCACGUGCUCAACCAGGGCGGCUCCAUCGUCAUCCCGGCGCAGCCCUUCCAGGGCCAGAACCAGUUCCUGCUGCCGGGCCAGCUGGCCGGCGCCUCGGCCGUGCCGCUGCCGCAGCCGCUCUCGGCGCUGCCGGCCAACGUGGGCCUCCAUUGGCUCCACGGGCAGGAGACGCCGGGGAACCCCCUGAGCGCCGAGCCCAGCCAGCCGGCGGCCAGCGUGGACCUGGACUUCCUGGAGGAUGACAUCCUGGGCUCGCCGGCGGGCGCGGGCGCGGGCGCCGAGCAGCCGUGCGACAUCCUCCAGCAGAGCCUGCAGGAGGCCAACAUCACCGAGCAGACGCUGGAGGCCGAGGCCGAGCUGGACCUGGGCUCCUUCCAGCUGCCGGCGCUGCAGCCGGUGGUGCAGGCGGCCGACGGUGCGCCGCAGAUCUUCUCGGGCGGCGCCGCCGACCUGCUGGGGCUGCAGCCGCCGGCCGUGCUGGCGCCGCAGGCGUUGGUGCAGCCGCCCGACGUGGUCAACAAGGCCAUCAGCGUGCAGCCCUUCCUGCAGCAGGUGGGGCUGGGCAACGUCACCAUCCAGCCGCUGCCCAACCUGCCCGGCCUGCCCAACGGCAGCCCCGGCGGCGCGCUGGGGCUGGGCCCCAUCCAGGUGGUGGGCCAGCAGGUGAUGGCCAUCAACCAGCCGGCCGCGCCGCAGCUGCUGGCCAAGCCGGCGCCGGUGGCGGCCGUGGGCGGCUACAUCGCCCAGCCGGAGGCGGCGGCGGCGCCGGGGGCGGGCCUGGUGAUCCAGAAGAGCCUCCCGGCCGUGGCCACCACCACGCUGAACGGCAGCUCGGUGUUCGGCGGCGUGUCGGCGGCGUCGGCGCAGCCGCUCACCGUCACCUCGGGGCUGGGCGGCUCCUUGGUGCCGGCGCCCAACGUCAUCAUCCACCGCACGCCCACGCCCAUCCAGCCCAAGCCGGCCGGCGUGCUGCAGCAGAAGCUCUACCAGAUCACGCCGAAACCCUUCGCCGGCGCCGCCGGCGCCGCCGCGCUGGCGCUGCCCGGCGAGGCGCCGGCCAAGGCGCAGCAGAACCUGACCUUCAUGGCCGGCAAAGCCGCGCCCAACGUGGUGCUGCAGGGCUUCCCCCCCGGCGUCUUCAAGCCGCCGCCGCCGCAGCCGCCGGCGCUGGGCAAGUCCAUGAGCGUGCACGUGCUCAACCAGGGCGGCUCCAUCGUCAUCCCGGCGCAGCCCUUCCAGGGCCAGAACCAGUUCCUGCUGCCGGGCCAGCUGGCCGGCGCCUCGGCCGUGCCGCUGCCGCAGCCGCUCUCGGCGCUGCCGGCCAACGUGGGCGUGAAAAGGGCUGCAGGCAAGAUCCCCCCCAAAAAACGCAAGAUUUGGGUUUUUGGGGUCUCCCCAGCCGGGAGUUCCCGUUUCCCCCCGCUUUGUGCGCCUUCCUCCCGCACUAACCGAGCUCUUCCUCUGCUUCUGUUGCAGCCCAAGGUGCCGGGAGCGUCCCCGGGGGAGCCGCCGCCCCCCGGCCCCUCCCAGCUGCCCCAAAUCCCGCCGAUUUCGUCCCAAAUCCCGUCCCGCCCCCCCUCGCAGCCGCAGCCGCUCUCGCGCCCCCCGUCGCAGCCGCGGCCGCCCUCGGAGCCCUUCCCGGGCUCCUUCCCGGAGCCCCCCGAGCCCUCCCAGUCCUCCCAGUCCUCCCAGUUCCCGCUGCCGCUGGGGGGGCUGAAGGCGCCGGCGCUGCUGCCCCCGGAGCACCCGCGGAGCUUCGCGCUCGUCCCGGCGCCCUUCGCGGGCCCGCCCAAGGGCGGCGCCGAGCGCUUCCAGCAGGUAACGCCCGGGAAAUCCCCAAAAUCCCGAAUAUUCCGAGUGAUUCCGGCAGGUGCCGCCGUCGCCGUCCCGGCCGAGUCGAAGCCGUUCUCGGGCUCCGCCGCCCCCGGGGCCGCCCCCGGUGCCAAUCCCGGUGCCACCUCCGGAGCCAAUCCCGGUGUCACCCCCGGUGUCACCCCCGGAGCCACCCCCGGUGCCGCCCCCGGGGCCGUUCCCGGGGCCGUUCCCGGCGGGAAAGCGGCUCCGGCUCCGGGGAAACCGGGAGCGCCCAUCCCCCCCGCGCAGCCCGCCCAGGCGAAGCCGCCCGGGCUCAAGGGCCCCCCCCAGCCCUCGGGGGGCGGGAAAGGCCCCCAGGCCCCGCCCACGUUUCCGUCGGGACUUGCCCGAACCCGCGCGUUUCUGCCCCGUUGCAGCCUCCUGGAGCAGCUGCACAAGCACCAGGGCGCGGUGCUGCACCCGGAGCUGCGCAGCCCCUUCCGCUCGCUGGGCGACGCGCUGCGGCGCCUGCUGCCCUACCACGUCUACCAGGGCGUGCUGCCCGGCGAGAGCGAGUGCCAGCGCGUGGACGAGGAGUUCGAGGCGGUGUCGGAGCAGCUCCUGCGCCGCACGCGGGCCAUGCUCAACAAGUACCGGCUGCUGCUGCUCGAGGAGUCGCGGGUGAGCUGCGGGACGUGGGGCGGGAAGCGGCGGCGCGCCGAGGCCGAGGUGGACAAGGCGUCGUUCAGCAGCGACAGCCCCCAGGACGAUUCGCUGAGCGAGCACCUGCAGAGCGCCAUCGACAGCAUCCUCAACCUGCAGCAGCCCCGCGGCGCGCCGGCACCGGCGCCGGCACCGGGCAGCGCCGGCGCGGCCUUCCCCGGGAUCGGGAUCUGA